UGUUUCAGCAGUGAGCUGAGGUGUACUUCCAUUCAGUGAGUGUGAAAGAAGCAGUGCAUUUCAACAACUGGACCUCAGGAACGACAUUUAACCCUCCCCGUGACCACAUUUCAUAUCUCACAAUGAUCCGGAUAGCUGCUUUCCUCGCUCUGCUGGUGGUGGCCUGCUCAGGAGAGAGCUGCACAGACCCAGCGAUCUCUCCGUCGGCCUACACCACGUCUGACGCCGUCAUCUCCUCCGAGUCUGUCUUCAUCGUUGAACUCAGCCUGGCAUGUGCCAACGGUGCACAGAGUGUGACUCUGUACGCUGAUGUCAAUGGAAGACAGUUCCCUGUGACCAGAGGCCAGGAUGUUGGCAAGUACCAGGUGUCCUGGAGUCUUCCUCACAAACAGGCCAGCUCUGGAACAUAUCAGGUCAAAUUCUUUGAUGAGGAGUCUUACAGUUCCCUGCGCAAGGCCCAGAGAAACAAUGAAGAUGUGAAUGCUAUUGAGCCUCUCUUCUCUGUCAACAUUGACCACCGGGGUGCAUGGAACGGCCCAUGGGUGUCUACUGAGGUGGUGGCCGCCCUCAUUGGUAUCCUGGUCUACUACUUGGCCUUCAGUGCUAAGAGCACCAUCCAAGCAUAAACUGAUAUAACUUCAUACUUUAACCACUGGAUCAUUAAAGACUGAAUUCUGGUGGCACUGAACCGAUGAUCCAUAAUCCAGAGAUGUGGCAAACCAACGGUAAUCUGUCGCCUGGUCUGGUUUUGGACGAGGAGCAAGAGCCGCAGUCUUCUGAAUUUCUCUCUGUAUUCAGACUGUGUCUGUUUUUCCAUCAAUUUUUUCCUUUUACAGAUGAAUUUGUACAUGGGUUUGUCUUCUCAAUAUGGACAGAAUUUUGUAAUUUUUAGAUGAAACCAAACAAUUAACCUGGAUUGCGUACAUGAAACAAACAAAAAAAAAAAAAAAGGAUUACAUGCUGUAUUCAGCCCUGUUUAAAGCUGAUUGCUACGUCCAGAACUGAACUGGCCCUGUGUUGAUUCUCUGGUCAGAGUGGAUGUUGUACAGAUGUGCUGAACAAAAACAGAGUGAGGUCAUGACCUCAAUGUAAAUGAAAUGUCAAUAAUGUGACUGCUCUUGCUGUCCUGAACAGGCACAGUCCAUUUGUCUCUUCCAGUAAAUUGAAUAAAAUGCUUGUUUUUCCUCCAGUGA